AUGGCGUUGACUAUGAGAAUUGUGUGUGUACUUCUGUUAUCAAUACCGUUGUGUUAUGGGAGUGUGGAAUACAAACACGAACUUCAGAAAUGGCCCACUGUUGCUAUUACAGUUCUUGUUCGCAAUAAAGCGAAUUCUUUGCCCUAUUUCUUAUCGUGUUUAUCAAAUUUGGACUAUCCUAAGGACAGAAUUAUUGUAUGGGUCUACAGCGAUUAUAACUCUGAUAAAAGUGAUGACAUCUUAAAUGAUUGGGUUGAUAAGUACUCAUCAGCAUACCAAGAAGUACAUAUUACAACAAACGCAACAACUGAUGUGAUGCAUGAAGACCAAGAGUCUAUAACACAUUGGAGUGUACUAAGAUACAAGCAUGUUAUAAAACUAAGGGAGAAUGCUUUAAAUUUUGCGAGAGGUGUCUGGGCUGAUUAUGUGUUUAUGCUUGACGCUGAUGUUCUUUUAACAGAACCAUUAAUUUUGAAAUAUCUUAUAAAUAAAGAAUUACCUAUAGCUGCUCCGAUGUUAAUAUCGGAUGGAGUUUACUCAAAUUUCUGGUGUGGAAUGGAUGAAUUUUAUUAUUAUAAACGGACAGAAGAAUAUAGACCUAUUUUGAAAAGAAAGGAAGUCGGAUGUUUUGAUGUGCCGAUGGUGCAUACAGCUGUUUUGAUCAACUUGAAUUUUAAAGAUUCAGAUAUGUUGACAUAUGUACCAGACAAUGUUAAACACUAUCAGGGACCAGAGGAUGAUAUUAUUGCAUUUGCUGUAGGGGCAAAAACAAGUGGAAUAAACAUGUAUAUAUGUAAUGACCAUAUAUACGGUUUCAUACCUGUGCCGCUUGAAAAUGGGGAUUCAGAUGACGAUGCUGAGGAUAUACUUAAUGUGAAAAUGGAGGUACUCGGACACGGUAUACAAUUGCCUCUGUAUAAGGAUCUUGAGAAGUAUGUUGAAUAUCCAGCAUAUACUAAACUAGGUUUAACAGAAAUCUUUAUGAUUAAUCUUGCAAGAAGAGAGGAGAGACGGGCUAUAAUGCAAAGGAGCUUUAAAGAGCUGGGUUUGGAUGUAACAUUAUUUGAAGCUGUGGAUGGAAAGAGUUUGACUGAGGAUGUAAUGCAGAAAUAUAAUAUUACCUUACUACCAACUUAUCAAGACCCAUACCACAAAAGACCAAUGAAAGCUGGUGAGAUUGGAUGUUUUUUGAGCCACUACCUGAUUUGGAAAAAGAUCGUCGAUAAUCACUAUGCUGUAACCCUGUUAUUAGAAGAUGAUAUACAUUUUGUGCCAUUCUUCAAGUUGAAGUUCCUUCGCAUGAUGGAGGAGAUAAAGGACCUCGAUUGGGAUCUUGUUUACAUAGGCCGCAAGAUUCUCAUGGACAACGAGGAGGUCGCUGUUACGGAUCAUACAACACAACCUCUUUACUCAUACUGGACACUCGGGUAUGUUCUACGAGAAAGUGGGGCGAAGAAGCUGAUUGCGGGUGAACCGUUGUCGAAACUUGUGCCAGUUGACGAAUAUUUACCUAUCAUGUUCGAUAAGCAUCCAACGACCGAAUGGGUCAGACAUUUCCCCGAACGAAAUCUGAAAGCCCUCUCUGCAGCGCCUUUGCUGGUACACCCCACACAUUACACCGGUGAAGAAGGUUACAUAAGCGAUACCGAAGACUCCAGCAUUGUGAAUCCAAAAGGCGUAAGAAUUGAAUUGUAA